CCCCAAUUUCGCGACUGAUGCCAUCAGUUCUAGUUGCUGCUUGGCAAGCCACAGGAUCUCAAUCCAUACGAUCAACGGCACUCAACCACCGCUCAAUCUUACUGGCCACCACUUGAACGAAUCUGCAAUUACCGCAGAGAGUUCAAUGGUUGCGAAGGCUAUCAACAAUGACAAUGAUACUCCCCUCACUCGGCUUCAUCAUCUGGACGCUUUGACUCUUCAGGGAAUCGCUAAUCCAAUCAACCCGAACAGAAGACCUGAAAAUUCCCACAUGAACACCGCAAACGACGAAAGGGUAAGGAAUCCUUUGAACCCUACGAUACCAUUGAACCAUCGAUGGCGGACUUCACAUGCGGAUGGAGAAGUUUCUGGGGCGAAGAAGUUCGGACUCAGACAGGGCGAUUGUCUCAGCAGCGAGAUCACCACCGAAGAAACCGAGAAGGCCAUCGAAUACUACUGCAAAAAAGGUAUCAAGGUAACCGGAAAUGACCAAAACUGGUCCGAAAGGUCGCGAGCGAGGCUUCAAGCACGGCAAUAUUUUCCUCACGGGCGGAGCGUUCAUGCAUAUAUCGCAAGCAUUCUGAUGGACUCGGGAACCGAUUACUACGUGGAUCAGGAGACGUGCGAAACCCAAUUCGGGAAAUUGGUCGAUAGGUGUGCGGGACAAGGGCAUGGAGUUGGCAUGAUGCGGCAGUGGCUUCCCGCCGAGGAAGGCCGGUGGAUAGGGUUCGGUAUCAAAGCGAAGGUCGACGGCAUGCCGUGGCAUCGAAACCAUGAGUAUUCCAAGUAUGUGAAACCUGGGAUGUCGCGUGAGCCGGGUCUAGAAGUGCAGUGGAUGGGAUCGGACUAGAGAUGAUCACUUGCAAUUCGGUUGACAUGUAUUUAUUCCACCAUGUCCUGUAUCUACAUGACUGUUGUCUCAGCGCCCCAAUCAGUUUUGAAACAUUCCAAACCUUGACACUGAACUUAUUCCAUCCGCUUUGAACCAAUUUCGGUAUUUCACCCGGUGCCGGCCUAUUGCACUAGCCUCCGGGAUCUUACUUCGGUUUCACGUCCUCAAUAUUUUCGUGACGGUUUUCGCAGGCCAUGCUUUUUUAUGCCGACAUGCUCCGACUUCU